AUGAAGGCAUUCAAAGAAGUUGCUGAUCGUCUCAAUUUGCAACUGAACCCUGAUAAAUGUGAAUAUGGCAUCACCAAACUUAAGUUUCUAGGGCACCUGUUGGAGAAUGGAACAAUCAGUCCUGACCCAGACAGACUUACACCACUCAAAGAACUACCGACUCCGAACUGUGGUAAGUCACUCAAACGAGCUCUGGGUCUCUUCUCAUACUACUCACCAUGGGUGGAGAAUUUCUCUGACCGCAUUUCGCCUUUGCUAAAUAUCUCCUCAUUUCCUAUUGCCGAAGAACUCAAGAGUCAAUUUCAGGCAAUAAAAGAUGAAAUUUGCAAGGCUUCGGUUGCGGCCAUUGAGGAUGAAAUUCCAUUCACAAUAGAAACGGAUGCAUCUGCCUCUCUCAGAAAAAAAGUUGUGACUCAGUCUGUCUCAACCGCCACCUCAGUUGCAACUACAUCUGCUUCAGAUGCAACCCUGUCUGAUGCUACCACAAGUUUAUAUGUAGCAAGUAUUAAUCUCUCUUCCUGUACAACCAUUUCUGCUGCAGCUGCAACCAUUUCUACUGCAGCUGCAGCCAUUUCUGAUGCAUCCCUGUCUGCUGCAAAUCAUACCCUGUCUGCUGCAACUCAAACCCUGUCUGCUGCAAGUCAAGAACUCUAUUCAAAUUCGGAAUUGGGUGCAACUCCAAGUCUGCCUAAAACUUCUUCCCAGUCUUCACUUUCCAUUGGAGCUCAUCGACGAUGUCAAAAUGAAGAAACUCAAACUGGCCGCUGCAGCCAAAAAGUACAGAAUCGGUUAUUCAACAGCAGCAAAAAUUCUCAAGAAAGAAGACGAUCUUGCAUGCAAAUGAACGGAAACACUAAUCGCAAACGAAAGCGCCAAUCCGUGCACAAGGACGUUAACGAAGCGCUUACACAGUGGUUUACGCAAGCAUGUGCUCAUGGAGCUACCGUCACCGAUCACGUCAUCAGGCAGAAAGCAUCACAACUGGCCGUAAAUCUUGAAAAAGUUGAUUUUGAACCGAGCAAUGGCUGGCUCAUGCGCUGGAAGCAGGCCAAUAACGUUUCGUUCAAAAAAUUUCACGGCGAAUCAACGUCAGCAGAUCACGGUUCUGCCAACGAAUGGGUGACAAACGUUUUGCCGCAACUUUUUCGUGGAUAUAAUCCAAAAGAUGUUUGGAACUGUGAUGAAACGGGAAUUAUCUACAAAGCCAUGCUGUCUGGAUCUUUGCGAUUUGCCGGCGACGAACAGUCAAAUGGGACAAAAGUUCCCAAAGACAGACUCACGAUGCUUCAGUUCACAAACAUGGACGGCAGUGAAAAGCAAACUGUAGUUGUUGGUAAGUUGGAAACCCGGAUAUAA